AUGACGGUUUCUUCUUCUACUAAUGUUGCGAUUCUUGAUAAGGUUGCUACAUCUAACAAAUGUCUGUUAAAGGUGUCUUUAGUUGGUGUUCCUCAGGAAAUGCCAAACGAAGUUAAGGAUGACGGUAUCAUUCAGACAUUGGUUACUGAUUAUGCUAGUCAAGAACAUAAUUUUAUUAUGAAGGUCAUUUUUCCACUUCAUAAUUCAUGUUUUGUUCACGUGAAAGAUAAUAUUCAACCUCAAGAGUCACUUAUUUUUGUGGUUAGACAGAUAGAAAUUAUUAAUAAUGAGUUUUAUGUUUAUGCUAAUAGCAUUAAUCUUAUUGAUACUCAAUUUCUUAAUAAGAGGAAUGUUAUUUUGGGUAAUGGUGUUAACCAACUUAUGGCUACAUAUCAAAAUGUUUCGGAAAAUUCAAAGAAGGUUGAACAUGAUGUUGCAUCUUCAAGCGAUUGUGCUAAUAGUUCUGUUUCGAAAUCUUUAAAUGAUAAUUAUCAUUCAAGAUGCGUGCGAGUUGAAGAUUUUGAUGAAUCUGUUGAGGAGUUUUCUGAUAACACAGUCAAUGGUGAAAAAAGAGAGUUAAAAUCUACUAAGGGUGACAAUUCAAAUGGGCAACUUAGUGAUUGA